AUGGCGAAGAUUAUCAGCGCGUCCUGCUUGGACGCUGCCGCUGAAGCACUAAAGUGUGGAAACCUUGUCGCUCUUCCCACAGAAACGGUAUAUGGACUUGGAGGCAAUGCUUUAAAUGAAGAAUCAGUGAAAAAAAUAUUCGCGGUAAAGGGACGACCAUUAACUGAUCCUCUUAUUUGUCAUGUUUCCAGUAUGGAGAAAGCACUAGAAUUAUGGGAUGUGAAUUCAGAUCCAAAGUCUCUCGAAUUGGUAAAAUGUUUAGGUGAAGCGAUUUGGCCUGGUCCUUUAACCAUUGUUUUUAAAGCUAAUCCCUCACUACCGAAUGCGGUUAGUGGAGGAUCUGGAUUUGUUGGGGUGAGAAUACCGUGCCAUCCUAUUGCUCUUCAAUUGUUAAAACUUGUGGAUUUUCCUGUGGCAGCUCCUAGUGCCAAUACAUUUGGUCACGUUAGCCCGACAACUGCUGAACAUGUCUUUGGGGAUUUGGGAGAAAAAGAUUCUUCAUUGCUUAUUAUUGAUGGUGGUCAUUGUGAUAUUGGCAUUGAAUCUACUGUAGUAAAAGUAAACAAUAUUGAAAGUGUUGAAAUUCUUCGCCGUGGAAAAGUUUCACUAACUGAUGUGCAAAAAGCUAUUAAUAAUAAAUUUACUCCAACUAUAACGAUUCGUGAUACUCGUUCACGUCAUCUCUCAUCUGAGGUGGCUAUGGAUGGGCCAGGUCAACUACUUACCCAUUAUUCACCCAGUGUACCUUCUAGACUGUUAACCCCAAGUAGUUUAACCACAGGUGUUCCACAAAAUCUUGAAAAAAUAUAUGUGCAACUCUCAUUAAAUUCAUCUGAUACAAAAGAAAUUCCACUCAGAAAAACAGUGAUUAUUGACUUUGGAGGUCAUCUUCGGGAUUUUCAUGAAGGAUGUCUGGCGUAUCGAGAUCUUAGCAGUCAAGCUGAAGUACGAGAAGCAUGCUUCGCCGUAUUUGAAGCCCUACGAUGGUCUGAAACAGUCUUGGGAGCAAAGAUGGUUUUGUUCCCGUUAAUAUCCGAAUGGCCUCAUGCUGUCACGGAAGUAGAACUCUUGGAGGCAGUGGAAGAUCGCCUCUUUCGUGCUGCAUCUGGUCAAAUAGCUUAUAUGCGUGUUUGUGAUUAA